GAGGUUGGGGCGAUGGGGGUCACGUGCUGUCCAGGGAGCUCCGCCCCACAGGCAGCCAUUGGCCUGGGGGCGGGGCGACUAGGCAGCCGGUUUGUGUCGCCUCUCGCCGUUGGCCGGACCCGGGGGUCUCCCCGCAAAGCGCGGCGGGGAUUGGUGGCGGGGCGGUGGCCCUCAGGCGGGGGCAGCAUGGCGGGCGGCGAGAGCUGGAGGCCGCCGCGGUUGUGCGAGGACUACUGGUGGGAGUGGAAGCACUGCCGCGGGCUGCGGCACGCCUUCCACCACUACUACGCGCACGGGGAGCUGCCGGCCUGCGGCCGCUGGCGGGACGACUACGAGGCCUGCCGCGCCUGGGAGAGGGGCCGAGCCGCCGCCGCGCAGGAAGCUUUGUGCAAGAGUGAAAGAGCUCGAGUUAUGGAAAAACAGAAAUAUGCUCCAGUGUGGACGCUCAGGAAGAGUCCACCACCAGAGUGGUAUCUUCCACUUGACCAAGACAAACCAAAUUAGCAAGACUGUUUUGCUGUGUUUGGUCAGUAAUGUAAUGCACAGUGCAGAACUAUGCUGGUUUUUUUUAAUUCCAUGUCAUCUUGAAAUUACAUACCUGUAGCUCUGUCCUGCAAUACUUUAGUACUCAUUCAAAAAUACUGGGUGUUUAUUUAAACACUCGGCAUUUUUAAAGGGAGAAUUGAGGUGCUCAGUUUGAUUCUCAUCUCUUACUGCUGUCUUACACUUUAGGAUUUCAUCUUGGCAGGCAACUCCCAAAUCAGUGCAUACAUGACCUAGCUCCUCUUGUUAGACAAGGACCUCUUCCCCUACCAGCCAGUGUUGCGUGCUUUUGGAACAAGGUACCCACCCCACGCCUCCCAGAUGGGAAGACAAAAGCAAGCUGGGACUCCUCCUUGCCAGUUCAGGACAAUCACAACCACUGGCACUUAAAGGCAGUUCCCAGAUUCAUGAUGGGUUAAGAGCUUUUUCGCACCUGGUGGGCUGAUGUUGCAGACCCUGAAACUGCAGCCCUGCCCCUUUGUGGAACUGCUCUCGAAUGGUGGUGUACGUUAAUGGCAGUAUUCAAAAUUACUGAAAAAUAAAGGUUUAAACGAA